AUAAACGGCAAAGCUAUAUUUAUAUUUUCGGCGAUAGCUGCUACUGGUCGUCUAUUUCUCUGGGUAUUUACCGUAUUUCUCUGUGAACGCCUUCUAAUUUGGUUGUCAAAAUGGCUAUUCAGGGCUUGUUAGCAAUUACAGAGACUACAAUGUACUUUGUGGUUGGUAUAACAGGACUCGUCGCAGCUAUAACAGUUGGAAUUUCAAGAGAUGCCUUUAGCAGUCAGUGUAUCCUCUACAGUGAAAUCAAAUGGUGUAAUGAUACAGCAAUGGGUUUCACAGACCUGGGAAGCAACACGGCAUGUUCAUUUGCAGUUGGCAUUGAAGUUAUUGCUUCUUUAUAUGCCAUUUUGUUUGGCAUUUACUAUGUUCUCGUCAUCAUUGGCAAGAUCGAAGGAUUGAAAUUUCUAACAAUUCCCAGUAUCAUCAUCAAUGUGGCUUUCACAUUGGUCCUAUUCGUUGAAUCUUGCAUCGUCAGUGUUGGUUUUAAGCAGUUUUGUGAUGGACUCACUGCAGGGCCACAUGUAAAGGAUUGUUCGAAAGGCUCCAAAAUUUCCAACUGGAACAUACACGGACAUUGUUCAGAAAAGGACAUUACGUUCAAGCAGCAUGACCCAUACAGUGGAGAUCUGUAUUUUGGAUUCUUCACAACGGGCCAGGGUGCAUCCUGGUUUUCAGUCCUCUUUUGGAUGGUCAUUACUCUCAUGAGUAUUUUCCGACGCUUCCGGGACAAAGACACUAUAGCCGUGGGGAAUACAGAAGAGCGCAGACCCAUGCUGUCAUAAAAAUAUUAAAAAGUGCAUCUUGGUUUUCUGUUCUCUUCUGGUUAAUCAUCUCUAUCCUGUCCAUCAUCAGACGUGUGAGAGAUAAACCAACGUUGGAUCCAAACUCGGACAAGGCAGCCAUCACACCCAAUGCCGUCAUCUAAAAUACUAUGAUUGCUAUUGUAGUAUCUUUGUCUCAGAGCGAAAGAGAGUAAAUUCUAUUGUUUCUGUAGGCUGGUUCACAAAGUGUCCCAGUCGUUAUUGAGUUCCUAUCAUGGCAUUGGUUCUAUCAUGCUCUAGGGACUCGCCUUUAUUGGUAAAAAGUUUAUCAAUGAGAUUACACAUUGCUUUUAUUAGUGACUUUAAAAGUACGAUUAAAUAUUAAACUCUGUAUGUGUAUGAAACAACCCUAUAUCUGCAUAUUGGGGUGUUUCACACAUGAACUUUUGGUUGAGCGUAAGUCUAGAAUGAUCAAAUGCAAUUGCUUUGAUGUGUGACCUUGAAAGUACGAUUAAACAUAAAUCUGUAUGAAACAACCCUAUAUCCUCAUAUGGGGGUGUUUCACACAUGAACUUUUGGUUGAGCACAAGUACAAAACAUCAAAUGCAAAUUGCUUUUAUGUAUGAUUUAAAGGUACAAUUAAAGAUAAAUCUGUAUGAGAUCUGCAUAUGGGGGUGUUUCACACAUCAUUUUUUAAGCACAUGUCUAGAAAUAAGAAAGAAACAAAUUGACUAUGAAGCAAUCAGAAGGGUGUAUUAUUUAGUUGUGUUUGAUGUUUUGAGAAAUACACUCUUUUUUAAACAUGCCCCUGGUGUAUGUAAGGUAGUUCAAUGGUACCAAAUUUCAUGAAACCAUAAACCUCAUCAUGAUAUCUUUCACAUCUUUUAAAGCUCAGACUGGAAGAUCAAACUUCUGCCAUCUUUAAAGCUUUGAUCCAUCUAAUUAAAUCUCACUUCAUCUAUCAACCAAUAUAUAAGAGUCAGUCUGAAUUCCUUCUCUCGUGAAGUCAGCCUCAUGACCUUUUUCAAUACCAAAGACCUUACCUUUCAAAACUAAAACAUAUAUGUAUAAGCUGAUGGUUAGUCAGGCCCAGUGCUAAAUGGAAUGAUAUGUAUCCCAUCAAGUGAAUUAUUGAUCCUCCCAAAGUACCCAUUUGUGUUUCAUGUUUUAAAGAGUUUUUAAGUAUCACUUUAUCAUUACUUGCCUUAUAUAUAGUCUAUUAUGUUAUGGAACUCAUAAAGAUGUCGUAAAUAUGCUAUUCAUUCACCACACUUACUCUGGUUUCAAAUAUACUAUGAGAUUUGUAUGGAGUGGAUUAACCAUCUUGACCCCUUUACAAUCAUAUUAAUAAUAAUAAUAAUUGGCAUUUAUAUAGCGCCAUCUAUCUACUUUAUCUAGAAGUAAUCUAUUCCGAGGGCAUUGUUCUUAUUAUUAGUACCCCGGAUUUAGCUGCCUUUCAGUGCUCAGUGCAUUCAAGUAAUUAAUCCUGCCGGGUACCCAUUUACCUCACCUGGGUGGAGUGCAGCACAGUGUGGAUAAAUUUCUUUCUGAAGGGAAACAUGCCUUGGCUAGGAUUCGAACCCACGACCCUCUAUAAGGCGAGAGUCAGAACAAUUAGACCACGACGCGCCUACUCAGUGGCAAGAUGAACUUGUCAAUACCUGAAUUGUUAACACAAAACCUAGUGGGUUGUGUUCAUGAUGUACAGAAUCAGAAUCUAAUUACUUCUAUGAACCUGCUAGUGCUUCGUGGAGACUACUACUGCACAAGUUUGUAUUUGACAGAGUAAAUGUAAUGUGGUAUGACUCCACUGAAGUUUGAAAAAUGGCGGUUCAUGCCAACUGAUAAACUUUCUGUAUAAUCAGCUAAAAAGCAGCUGAUAUAGGAUAAUAACUCAGCAUAAGUGAUAUGGAUGUAUUGUUGUGCUAUUUCAUUCAUUUUAUUUUUUUGUUGAGCUUUGUAGAAUGUAUUAUGACAGACCUGAAUUAUUAGUUAAACUGUUGUAUAAAUGGACAUGAAUUUACAUGUAGACCUGGGCCCCAUCUUUCAAAGAGUUACGAUUAGGGAGGCCGCAAGAUUUUUCUAUCUCAUCAACCACUUCAUUAAACUGUCUGAUUUUUUCAGAUCUUGAUGAAAAUAGUGCAAAAUAGAAAUCUACUGAAUUUCAUAGUAAAUCAUUAAUCGGUUUUUUAGUAUUAAUCAAAUGAAUUUCGAAUGAAAUUCAGCAAAAUACUUCCAAUAGGCUCUGUCGUAUAAUUUGUCACAACACACACACAGCUGAAACACACGACCACACACAUAGUGCAGAUAUUUUGUGUGCAGUUUUGCAUUAGGAUUUCUGGAGUAGUGGGAGAAGGGCAUUUUGAAAUCAAUUCUGACACUUGAUCCUAAAGGAAAGGUGAAAAAUAAGUAUUACCAUUGGAUUUGUCAUUAUCAAUACUACAAACAACCGCUAGUUUACAAAAAUAUGGUACAUUUAUUCACAAGAUAUGAGACUUUGAACUUCCUUUUUUGAUGCCACAUCAAAAUUAUGGUAGUAACCAAAUGUAAACUAAGUAGGUUAUUUGGAGUAUUUUAUUCUCUUUAAUUUGAUACCAAAAUUUUUUAAUUUGGAUAACGCGAUCAUAUGUCAGAAAUGCAUUGAACUUUGAUUUUACCCUCAAAACCAUGACAACUUUUGUGUGAAUGCGGUGAAAAGGGUGAAAAUUUUUGCUCUGUGUGCAGUCACCCUAUUGAUACGAUUAAUCCAAUCAAAGAGAACGAUUGAUGUAUGAUUACACAUCAUUUAUAGAAAAAAUUGUGAAAAGAUUUUCAUUUUAGAUGUUGACGUUGCUGGCCAUCCAUAGUCGUGAUUGAUCUGAUCAAUCGCAACUCUUGUUAAGACGGGGCCCAGGGACCCGGAACACUAAUAUUAGCGAAGAACGUACAGUUGAUUUGCAAUUAAUUGCUUAGGUUAUGUAGGAUAAAUGUAAUCAAGCGUAAUAAUCAGCUGUGCAAUCAAGUGCUGGCUUUUGUGUUAAUGGGCCCAUAGUUUUAGUUGCUAAAUACUUAUUAUUGCAAUUUAAUUUUCUUUAAGAAACAUAAAAAUUAAAAUGUUUCAGAAUGUGAAUUUUUUUCAAGUAAUGUAUUAUCUCAGAAGUAUUGUACUGAAUAGUUUUAGCCAAAGAUUAAUCUCACAGGUACAUACGUUUGCAUGGCAAAUAUAGUAUUACUAUCAUGUAGAUAAAAAAAUUACAGAAGUCCUAUGGAGUUGUAUCAUGAGCGGUUUCCCCCAAAGAAUACACCUAUGAAGUAUGAAAAGCGCAAAUCAUACUGUGUAAUAUAUGUAUCAUCAUUUUCUAUACUUAUUAGGGAUGGUUAUGUUUAUGAUUGCAUAGAGCGGUAUUCAUACAUUUAUUGAAAUAUGAUUUGAAGUUAAUAAAUUGAAAAUGAAUUGGCUCAAAUUUGACGCUGGCAAUUAGAUGAAAUAGAUUCACAAAUAAAAAGAGACAAACUAAACUUUUUUUUCAUUUAUGCCAUUCAAAAUUUGGCAUUACAGGAGAUUGUCCUACAUGGGAAGAAAAAUUCUUAAUGAUCUACAUUAGAUUGUUAUGUGUGGAUUGUGUCUUUGAACAUCCCUUUCAGCAGCUCCUGAGCUAUCCCAAGAUGAAGUUAUUUUGCAUCUUUAUUAAGUGCUGUUAUGAAGCAAAUUUCAUUUUGCAUAAAGUUUGUAAUAUAUUCCACAGACUUUUGCUGUCUAUAGUGAAAAGUGAAUCAUACAAUAAAAUGUAGAUUUACCCAUCAAACACAAGGAGUUCUGCUGAUCUCUCAAGUUAUCAGCUUUGAUCUAUAUAGAGUCACAGUGAAUGUCAUUAUCUGGAGUAUGCAUAAUUUCAUAGUGUAUCGCACUAUAAAGUACUAUCUUCAGUAAAAGUGUGGUGCAAAAUGUGCUAUCUUAGAUAAAGGUUCAUUGCACUGUUGACUAUCUUAUCCUAUCAUAAGCACACAUGUAUUAAGUGUAAACAUGUGCAUUUGUGCACCCUAUGGAAAAGCAAUCUGGUGCGUAUCCAGGGCUCUGUCGCAAAAAAAGUUAUUCUCAUGCUAACUUUGCCUACCAAUGGUAAUUACCAUGGAAACAACGCUCAACAGCCAAUCAAAGUCAUGCAAAUAUUGCAAGUUACCAUUCGAUGACAAAGAUCUUCCAUGAAACAGGGCCUGGGAGGGAUUGCCGUUCUUAGCUUUGCCUGAAUUUAGCCAUAUGAUUUCAGAAAGUUAUUUGUUGAAGAGGUAUAUGCUCCAUCAUCUUUCUGUAAUUCAGAUUUGUUCCAUUCUGGAAUAUAAAGCAAAUAAUCACACUUUUGGAUUCAUUGGAUGACAAACUGUUACUUCUUCAGCCUUUUAUAUGAAUGUAGACUCCAUCUUCCUUUGCUUGAUUUUUACCACUAAUACAACAUUUCUCAUCAAUAUAUAGACCUAUUAAGGAUUGUAUUUUUGAAAAUAUUCAUAAUCUAGUAAUCAACACCACCUCGAUGCAAUUUAUAAUAGUAUAUAUGUCAUUUAAAAUAUAAAAAACCCUUUUUUUUUGGGGGGGGUAAUACAUUGAACCUAUGGAGCAUAAGUCCCUCACACUGUAUGCAAGAUGGCUAGCCAAUCCUUGUUUGAGGAGAAGCCCCAACUAGACCAAAAGUACGAAAAAAAUGUUAAAACUACGAGAAAAAAAAUUACAUAUUUCAGCUGUCUAGGUCUCUGUAUUACUAAACGCAUUAUUUCAUUCACUGCAUGAAGCACCCUUAUGCCAUAUGGUUAAGUUAUAAUACGUUGAAUGUUAAAGUACUUUUGAUACAAGAAUUGUUGAAUGAAUAAGAUACGCUCUGUAGCAUUAUUGAUUGCAAUAAAUUGAUAAGUGAUACCAUUCCCAUAAAUGUAGUUGUGUAUGUAUACAGUACAUGUUGCAUUCUGCCAAUAAAGUGUACCUAAAUUUAGAAUUUCAUGUCAUUGAGAAGAAGCACAAGGAGUUUUAUAAGUUAUCUUGCAUUAGUUGUAGUACUAGUAAUUUGUAAGUUUCUUUGUUGAUAGUGUGAAAGAAUAUUUUUUGUGAACUGCUCAGUGAAUUUGAUGUUUUAUUGGUUUUGGGGUGCAAAACUUGCCUUAAUUUUGAUUGCCUUCUUUCAGGAAUGCAUCCUGCUCUUUUUUUUUAAUUCAAUUUCAUUUUGUCUUAAAUCUUUCAAAUUCUUUUCCUCAGAAGCUCUGAAAUGUCUUAAGAUCAAUGGGAGCUUUGAAAUUAGUAUUUGAUGGGAGCCUUGAAAUUAGUGUUUGACUAGCUGAUAUGCCAUUGCAGUGUGAACAUGUGCUAUUUCUACUGCUAUCUUAAACUUGCACAUCUUAUGUAAUUCUUUCUUGCAUUUAACAACAUAGAUGCUAUGAUUUUAUACGUGUUAAGAAUUUUUGAUGUAACAACAUAGUACACAUUUACUUUAAAAGCACACAAUGCUAAUGAGAGUAUGAAGUUCUAAUACAUGUAGUUCUUAUCAUGACUUAACACAUUGAAGAAAAUUUUUAUUUGUGAUUUUGAUGUGAAUACAAAAGAGACAUGUCAGUUGACAUUCUACUUAUAUUCUAAUGUUAAAAUAAAUAAAUUUAAUCUUAUGAAUCAAUAUUUAUUCAAAACUUCUGACUCAACCACCUUAAGUGAUUUAUUUUUAAAUCCCAUCCCUGAUGUUGUUCUUCAUUGUUUAAGAUGAAUGUAUGAAAUGUGAAUACCGAGGGUUUUUGUAUUCAAGUUGAGCAUGAUAUGUUAGCUACUUAAUGUUUUAUGCAUUUGAAAAUAUAUUUUCUAUUAAAAAUUUGAAAUGACUUUAUUUAAUACAGAAUUAUGAAUUCUAUAAAAGAUACUUCUGUGCAAGUCUGUAUUAGAAUGAAGCUUCAAUGGCUGAUCUAAUAAAAAUAAAUUUGCAAUCCUCAAUUUGCAUAUUUCUAUAAACCAAUAAUUUCAUGCUCUUUUUGUAUUUAUUUACAUUAUAUUUUGUAUUUUUCAUUCAUGUAUAUAUGCCAAUUGUGAUUUUGUCACACCAAGAAAAACAUGUAUAUGUCCAUUGUCAUUUUAAGUAGAUUUAUAUUUUUAUGUUUAUAUCAUUUUUCUUUUUUUUAAUCCUUGAUAACAUAAAUUAUAG